AUGCACAUGAUGACAGUCAAGCAGCGGGGUGUAUGGGCUGUAUUGCUCUGGCCCUGCCUGCUUACUAUGAGCGUCCCACUGGACUGUAAGGAAGAGCAGGGCAGCCUCUCCCGCUGCCUCUCCAUCUCCCAAGAAAAACUUCUUGACCGAGUCAUCCAGCAUGCUGAGCUCAUCUACCGUGUCUCAGAGGAAUCGUGUACUUUGUUUGAGGAGAUGUUCAUCCCCUUCCCACUGCGGCUCCAGAGGAACCAGGCUAGCUACACAUGCAUCACCAAAGCCUUACCGCUCCCCAGCUCCAAAAGUGAAAUCCAACAGAUAUCUGAUAAAUGGUUGCUCCACUCCGUGCUGAUGCUGGUCCAGUCGUGGAUCGAGCCUUUGGUCUACCUGCAGACCACACUAGAUCGCUACGACGAUGCUCCAGACCUACUGCUCAACAAGACCAAGUGGGUGUCUGACAAACUGAUCAGUCUGGAGCAAGGGGUGGUGGUCCUUAUCAAGAAGAUGUUGGAUGAGGGGGCGCUGACCACAACCUACAGUGAACAAGGCCUAUUCCAGUAUGAUGUGCAGCCAGAGAUGUUGGAAUCUGUUAUGAGGGACUAUACACUACUCACCUGCUUCAAGAAAGACGCCCAUAAGAUGGAGACUUUCCUCAAGCUUCUCAAGUGUAGACAAACUGACAAAUACAACUGUGCAUAA